UCUUCGGGCCGGCAGACGGAGCCUGUCCGGGAGACGUCCGGCCGUCAGGUCCGCACGGUCCCCGCCCCGCCCCAGGGCGAAUGUGUGCACAUUACGGGGGGUGGAACUUCUGGAGUUCACUUCUACGUCUGCUGUAACAACUGUGACGAGAGCGGCGGGAACCCCACAUGUGACAGGACCACGUACCAGGGCGCGAGUGCCGGGCGGUAUUGCGGACACUGCGGAGCCGACGAGGGGAACGGCAAGUUGGAACUCCAACACUUCAAAUGUGGAGGCUGUGCUGGGCAAAGUCAGGUGCAGGAAACGUGCAACAAGGAGUACUCCUGGGUUUUCCCUGGUGCGUGCUGGGUCUGGAGCAUAUUCUUCAAAAACCGCUGUAACAAACGCUUCCAACAGAAGGCCAGGAGCCUUGACUCUGAUGCACCUUUCUGCGGUGACAACACCUGUGAUCCAGGUGAGACUGACAUCACCUGUCCGUUCGACUGCUGCCCGGUGACCAACCCUGACACCUGUGUGAGGAACAGCCCCACGUGUCCCCCUGAGUGCUGCUCCAAGCCCGGUUGUUGUAAGACCUCCAAAAGCCCCACUGUAAAGGGAGACAGGGUGGUGGUCCUUGCCGCUAUCAGUGUGGUGGCUUUUGCAUUCACUGGUUUUAGCCGGCCUUUCAACUUUUGAAGAAUAGAUACCAAGCAUCAGACCUUGCACAGAAAGCAGUAAGGAUGUUUCGUAAUGCACUUAAGGCAUGCGUGUUGCUCUCAAAUUGACUUUUCCACUUUUUACAUAAAUAUCUAAUCCAGGCAACAUACUUGUACUUGUAUUUUCCUCUUCUCAGAAACAUGUUGUUCUGACAGGUUACACCUCAGACCAUAGUUGCUGUAAUACUUGGCUACAAAUAAUACUGUAAUGGAGGAAAGACCUUCUUUUGUUACAAAAUAAGACAGACUUUUCCCGAUAUAAAGUAGAGGGGAUUCAUUCCUCAAGCUA